GUCUUAGGUAUGGCACAAUACAAUAUCUCUCCUGGCCAGCAGGUGGCAGUGGUUUGGGAUAGCCACUCCUCUACUGAGGCACUCCAGAAUCUUGUAAAGAAUAUUCAGGCUGCUGUCGGUGUCGACGGUCAUGUAUCUGUAGAAAACCUCAACCAACUACUCCAAUCAUCCCACAGGGAGUCGAGGUUUGAUACCGUUCUAUCAGGUCUGGUACCCGGCAGUCUGACUGUGCAUAGUGCCAAUGUACUGGCUGAAAUAGCUCGGAUCAUCAAGCCUGGAGGGCGUGUCCUUUUGAAGGAGGUGGUGACAGCAGAUACAGGUAACAACAGCAGGCUCAAGGCAAUAACCAAGCUCCCCACAGUCUUGACACUCUCUGGACUGGUAGAAGUGAAGGAGUUGCGGAAGGAACCUUUAACAUCUGAGCAAACACAGGCUAUCCAGGAGGAGCUAGGGUCACAGUGUAAUGAGCUCUUCUUUGUUGAGAUAGAAGGCAAGAAGCCCAACUUUGAAGUGGGUUCCUCAAGUCAACUCAAACUUUCUUUUGUCAAGAAAGCCAUUCCAUCUGAAAAGCGGGCUGUGGAUCCCACUGCUGCAAAGCUCUGGACUCUUUCUGCCAGUGAUAUGAAUGAUGAGGACUCAGAUCUCCUGGAUUCGGAUGAGCUGCUGGAUCCUGAGGAUUUGAAGAAGCCAGAUCCCGCUUCCCUGAAAGCCCCUUCCUGCAAGGAGUCUGGAAAGAGGAAAGCCUGCAAGAAUUGUACAUGUGGCCUUGCUGAAGAGCUGGAGAAGGAGAAGGAGACAAAUAACCCAAAGCCAAAAUCUGCUUGUGGAAAUUGUUACCUGGGGGAUGCGUUCCGCUGUGCCAGCUGCCCUUACGCAGGCAUGCCAGCCUUUAAGCCCGGGGAGAAGAUCCUCCUGAAUGAGAACAACCUACACGAUGCCUGAGAGGAGGGUGGUAUCAAAGCCUCCUUUGGGCGGCUUUCGGGCUCCUUGUUCUACUGGCAAAACUCAGACACAAAAGGUCUUCUCGGCAGCCAGAAGGUAGUCGGACCACUAUAUAGACUUGUAUUCCGUACUAGCUUUCACAUAGCUGAUGCAUCUUCAACAAUUUAUGAACUGUAGUGGUUCUUAACACCAACACGUUGGCCUUCAUGAUGUACCCACUAGGCAACAAGUCUGUCUGUACUGGCAGUUGGCCCUGUAUAUAAGGUGCUGCCUUGCCUGACUGAGCUGCCAUCCCAGGAUGUUUGUUCUUUUAAUGCGUGCCAAAAGCAGAACUGCAAAAGCAUAAUUAGAAGGUGGGUGGGGAAAUGAUGGUGGGGUUGUGACCUCACAAUGUGUGAGCUUAUUUAUACUCGGUGUUCCCUCCUGCUGGCACAAUAGGAGGAUCUGGAAUUAAAGUUGUGAACAGA